AUGCGGUUUUUGAGCGUCAAUGCUCGGUAUCCCGGCUCUACACAUGAUUCAUUAAUAUGGCGAGCAUCUCUUGUUAAUUCGUCAUUGCGGACAAUGUGUAAUGCAUCGGGAUCGGACUGGCGUUAUUUCAUGCUUGCGGAUAAUGGCUAUCCCUUACAACCGUGGUUAUUAAAACCGUAUGAGACACCUAACACAACAGCAGCAAAGCACUAUAACAAACGUCACCGACAGCUUCGAUCGUUGGUUGAACGAGCUAUAGGCUUACUCAAAGCAAGAUUCCGAUGUUUGCUGUCAGAACGAAAGUUACGGUACGACACAUUGAUGAGUGGCUACAUAAUUUAUUCUUGCACAGUCCUCCACAAUUUCUUAAUUGCAAGAAAUUACUCGAUUGAUGACGUUGAACCCAUAUUCGAGGACGUGGUCGCUGACUUUGAAGAAAACGUUGAUGGUCCUGACAUCUCGUACGAUGAACUUCAACGCGGGAUUGAAGUACGCCAUAAUGUGGCACGAUACUUCGCAAACAAUCAGUAA